CCUGCGCUGGUUCGUGAGUUUGCUGCGGUGACGCGGUGCAGCAGUGAGUGAAAUUUCGAAUCAUAAUCACGUAGGGAGUGUUCACUGGGGAAACGUCAGUGAGGGUAUUUUUAUUAUUUGAAUUAUUACUUGAUAAUAUGUCAACUUUUGCGUGUGUGUGUGUGUGUGUGUGUUGGUGGAUGAGCAGAGUCAGGUGGCGCUUGGUAGGGCGAGCGGCUGGCUGCAGUGUUUGGCCGGCGCUGGUCAGUCUUGCCCCACACACUCUGGUAAUAAGUGUUUCCGUAUUCCCGGCUGCUUCUCCCUGUACUAAGCACCACCACACAUCACCAGAAAGCCACGAGUACGUAAAAAGAGCGACGCGGGAAUGUUGUUGCAUCACCGACACGUUCAAGCCAAGGCAAGGAUGGCCACAAGGCACUGAGCUCCUGAAGUCACUGAUCUGGUCUGCUCCGUGGUCUCCCAUCCUAAUCCAACUCCUUCAGGAUGUCCCUCAAUGGCAUUAUCCGAAGGGCCUCCAGCUUUCUUGGCCUCACAGGAUCUGAGAAUUCCAAGCCGACUUAUGAAGAUGGGGAUAUUGUGUUCUGCAAGAACAACGUGUGUGUGCAUCCCCCUUGGCGAUGCCGGGGUGACGGGGAGAAGGUGCACCACCCAGGUUACUUGGUGAUCAAGUGCCAGGCAGACCCUUGCCACGGCACCACUCUGCACCUUAGCUGGAUACCCAAUGAGAGGCUCAAGAGGAACCAUGACCUUAUUUCACAGAUCAAUGGUGAGGGGAACAGCCGCAGCAACUCCCCAUAUCCUACCUCAGAUUCCGAGUCCCUCUCCAUGUCCUCACUGGCACUUCAUGACAGCAGUGGCACAGUGAGGAAGACUUCCUUGGAUGAUGCAGCAAUGUCCACCUCUGGCAUAUCCACACUGGACACCUCAAGUGAUGCAACACAUUCCAAGGAGGAGGUGAGCCCUAACAGUGAGGGAGGCAGCAGUCAUAGCCCUCCCAAGGCAGGCAUGGAGGCUAGUGGGGGCACCACAGAGGCAAGCAGUGAAGAGACAGGCAGCAGCAAUGGGUACCCAGCAGAGGAGCAGGAGGUAGAAGAUGGUGCAAGUACUGCAAAGAACACCCCAGCUGGAAGUGUUAGUGAACAGAACUCAGAGGAAAGUAUGAGUUCAGCUGAAGACAGUAAGGAACAGAGUGAGGAACAGAGUAAUAGUUGUGAGAGUUCAGCAGACAGUGUUGUGAAGGACAUGGAGAGAGAGAGUCCAGAUCUGAACCCUGGCAAAGGCAGUACAACAGAUGACAGUGGUGAGCACAGCAUGGAGGACCUCAAGGACAGCUCGCAGGAAAGUACCAGCGACUCCAGUAACCAGAACACAGAGGCAAAGGAGAGCAUCCCUGUCGUGGAGACCGAGACUUCUGAUGACAGCACUCAACAAGCAGCUUCACAGGAAACCACUAGUGACAAUACACACAGCACUUCAAAUCCCCAGGCAGAGAGAGUGAAGAAAAGACACAUAUCCUCUUCUGGCAGCAGCAGCUCAGAUGAAGACAAACUGGCAGAAACCCUCACCAUCACAGAGACGCCAGAGAUCUCAGGUACAGGUGGCCACCUCACGAGCGAGGGCGACGAGAGUCUUGAGUCUUCUCCCGAACCUCAUGUAUGUCCCCCACCUCACUACCUCACUUCCACCAAUGGGGAGCAGUACUGGUAUGAACGCAGCGCUGAGUCAAUGGCAUACUCAGCCAACCUGGCAUUCCCUGACACAGCUUCCCUCAACUCCUUCUGCCCGACCCCUGUGGAUGGUGGCUCUUCCCCCAUCAGGAGGGAGCACAAGUGUGGCAUCUUCAGCAUUGAUGUCAGACAGAGCAAAUCCUUGCGGCUGUUCUUCAGUGACCGGGACAAUACGUGUGGCCAGCUUGUCAUUGCCAGCCGGGAGAGUCAGUACAAGAUCUUCCACUUCCACCAUGGUGGCUUGGACAAGCUGGCGGCUGUGUUUGAGGACUGGAAUUUCCUGGUGAAGCCAAGGGAUGAGGAGAGUCCAACCGGCGAUGUCUCCCUCAAGCAAUUCCUUGUUUGCAAGCCUGAAGUGAGUGAGUCUGAGCUGCACCCUGAGGAGGGCCAGCACAGGUGUCUCGAUGCUGAUGCCUGGGUCACCUACUUCAAUGAGGAUGGUCAAAUUGAGGACGACUUAGCCCUGCGUCAGGCCAUCUUCUUUGGGGGAGUGGAGCCGCAGUUGAGAGCCAACGUGUGGCCUUUCCUCCUCCAUUACUAUGACUUCCGCACCACCUUCUUGGAGCGGCAGGCCAUCAUGGAGGAGAAGCACCAACUCUACCACAAGAUCAAUGCAUUGAGGGAGAGCAUGUCGGGGGAGGAGCUGGACUGGUUCCGCCGCAACGUUCAGUGUACGGUGGAGAAGGACGUGGUGCGCACUGACCGCUCCAACCCUUGCUUUGCUGGCAAUGACAACCCCAACCUGGAGAAGAUGAAGAGGAUCCUGCUCAACUUUGCUGUACACAAUCCUGUCAUGGGGUACACACAGGGCAUGUCGGACAUCCUGGCACCCAUCCUGGCUGAGGUGCGCAAUGAGGCUGAUGUGUUUUGGUGCUUUACGGGCCUCAUGAGCAAGACCAUCUUCGUCACCUCACCCAAGGACGAGGACAUGGAGAAGAACCUGAGCUACCUGAGGGAGCUCCUGCGACUCAUGACUCCUCGGUUCUUCAAUCACAUGGACAAUCAGCAGGAUGGGAUGGACCUGCUCUUCUGCCACAGAUGGAUCUUGCUAUGCUUCAAGCGAGAGUUCCCAGAGGAUGAGGCGUUGGCAAUGUGGGAGGCGUGCUGGAGUAACUACCAGACUGACUACUUCCAUCUCUUCCUGUCCGUGGCCAUCGUCAGCAUCUACGGGGCCGAUGUGGUGGACCAGAACCUACGGCCAGAUGAAACUCUGCUGUACUUCACCUCCCUAGCUGGCCACAUGCAGGGUCAGAUGGUGCUGAAGAAGGCUCGUGGUCUCCUGCAUCAGUAUCGCAGCAUGAGCCACCUGCCAUGCACGCUGGUGGGCCUGUGUGAGCUGUGUGGGCCAGGCAUGUGGGACUCGGGACAUGUACCAGUGGUGGCAUGUGUGGGACACCCAGAUGACCAGGCCUGCCCCCUCACCCAGUCUUCCUCCACUCAAGGCACUACUCCUGCCUCCUCUGCCUCUUGACACGCCACCAGGAAGGUCCUCCACCAGCUGGUUAUGUGUAAGUAGUUGGAGCUGACAGGUGGUCACUUGGCUGGUUGCUGGAGUGUGCUGAGAGGUGAAGAGAGAAGAAAACUAUCAUGGUCAUUAGUGAAAUAACUGGAGUCUCAUAUUUCUGCUGUUUUUCUCUUAUAUUUCAUUAGUCCUAGAUCACCUAAUGUGUUAUCAGUUGUCAGAUUUUGUAAGACUGUUUGCACAUUAGAUUUAAGAUUGAGAGAAAAUGCAAACAGUGGAAGUGAGUGUGGCAAGUUAGUUGAUUUCUGACCUUGAUUUUACCAUUGCAUUACACUGUUGUGAUGUGAUGUGCUUCAGUCAGUGUGUUGGGAAGUGGUGUUAUUUCAGUCUUGAACACAGAGCCCCACCCAUGAUUAUAUAAUGUGUUUUGUUUUUAAUGAUGUGAUGUGUUUGUUGGAGUGAUAUGUUAUGAGUGAGAAGAUUUCAUGUCCAAUUUUCUUAGUGAUGUGUUGUAUUGCAGUUAUUAUGUUUCAGAGUGAUGUUAUUUAAACUGUGAAUCAAGUGUUUUCUGUCAUAUUUGAUUUUGAGGUUUAUAUCUUUUGACUGAAGACUUUCAUAAUAUAGAAUGGUAUAACUUUCUACAGUGUGCCCUUAGUGCACAGUGCUGUUGUAUUAUUAUGUGAAAAUGAUGUUUUCCAUGACACAACAAACAUUUCACUAGACACAACUAAGAUCUGAUUUUUUUUUUUUUUUUUUUUAGACAGAUUUAUGUUACUUUCCCAUGCUGUCUGAAGUGUAUCAUGUUGCUAUUGGAUCAAGGCAUCAUGUGUGUGACAUGAAGGUUGGAUUGGAAAAUGAUCAUAAAUUUGGCACUUGAGGAACACCACAACUAAGGUUUAGCAUUGUGAGAGGCAUUGACUGUCACUGUGUUGUUGUCAUGCUCAGCUGGCAGGAAGAGCUAUGCCUGGCAGAAUAUUACAGCAGAAAGGAUUUUAAUAGUUAAGCAUUAUGAGCAGCUGAACACUAUGAUUUUUUAGACUUUAAUAUUAAUAUAAUUAAUUGAAACAGAGAAAUGAGGUCAUGCAUGUACAGUAUAUAAUAGGUUUUACCAUAUUCCCCCAUUAGCCAUUAAGAGUGAUCGAGUCGUAUCCUUGUAUGAUGUGUAGUCAUUGAAUUCCCAAACUGGCACUCCUCAUAAGCAGGACAUACAGCUGUCAUGCCUGUCUUUGGGCACAAGAACACUAAAAAAUUGGUAUGAAAGUAGAAUAGAUUGGCCAAGAGAAACUAGUGCUGGUUAUUGAGCACCUGGAAAUGAACUUGUAGCAACCAUGAGAGUCACCAACUGAGGAUUUUGGCCUCCUUAACUGUCCCAUCUUUGCACUGCCACCACUUGUCUCAGGUGCAGCAGCUCAGGUGUGCUGCAUCACUCCACAUUGGACAGCUUUAUUGAGGAUGACGGAAGCAGACUAAGAUUACCUUAUGUGUUUUUAUGUAAAGUGUCAGUCUGGAAAUUUAUUGAGAACACCUCAUAAGGGAGAGUAAGAGAAGGGAAUAAGAAUUUUUUAUGGUGCUCUGGUGGCUUUGUUGUGUCAAGACUGUGGAAUGUGAUAGUUGACAUUAAGAAGAGGCUUUGUUCAUUUUGAUCAUUAGGAUGGGUUUGCCAUGCAUUUAUUUAUCUUUGUGAUAUUAUGUAACAUAAGAAAUGAAGGCAUUUGAAGGGCAUUUAUUAUCUGAUGAUUUAUGUUUGUGAGUAUGCAUACUUGUGUGUGUGUUGAUUAGUGAUGACCAUCCUAGCAAUACUAAAUGUUUGUGUGUGUGUGUGUGUGUAUGUGUGUGUUUGUGUGGUGGCCAGCAGCAGCAUUGAUUGCCAUCAGUGUGGCAUGAUAAUGAAAGUUGUCUUGUGUUUUGUAUAAGUUUCAGUUUGUGAUUUUACUCUCAUUUGAGUUAAUCUUUCACCUCUGUGCAUUUUAUUUAUGAGUGAUAGACAAACUAUGUUCUCAGACAGACAUUUGCACAUUUAAGCAUUUUUUUAGAUUGCAGAGAUGAAGCAGCACCAGGUGCUUUUAUAUUCCAGACACCAGUAUACAGUGGCUGCCAAGCCAUGACCGACAAAACUAUUAUAGGUUUCUAUAUUCACCAAAGAUUUGGAGAUUUCUCAUGACUUGUUGUUUUAGUCAGACACAAAUGUGUAUGUAUCUCUUUGUUUUAAGUCUUCCAAAGAUUCAAUGCUAUUGCAUUUCCAGCUUAGACAAGUAUGUAUAAUUUUAAGUAAGAUAGUAAAUUUUAAAAAUAAUGCUUGGAGAAAAAAAGAAAAAGAGGAGCGUAGGGAAACCUUAGAUAAAGAGUCUUUCACAGAGGCAAUAACAUUUAGCUCCUGUAACUUGCAUUAGAGGUCUGCAUUCACGGUUGUGUGUCACUGAAUCUCCGGAUGCUGUGGAUGUCUCAGCAGCUUCCUGGCAUCUGAUAAUCUCUUAGAGCAAAGUAUGUAUUAUAAGAUUGUUACCCUUGAGGUUGGGUUUCCAGUUGACUCUUUUGGAGGUCUUGCAUCCUCUCUUGGACAUCAUGAAAGUAAGUUUGUUCUUGAUAUCACUUCCUGGAUUCUCUUUCAUGCUUUCCUUCAGCAAGAACCAUGAAGGUUGUUAUAAUUAUUUCCAAUAGUCCUCUUCUCUGUUUCAUCAAGACUUGCUCCAGCACCAGGGUAGUGGCUGCAUACACCAUUCCCCCUAUUCCAUGAUCCCCCAGUGGCCAAGUUGUGAUUAUUGCCUGCCCUUUACUACCCUUUACAGUGGUGCUGGUGCUGGCGUAGGUCAGUGAUGUAAAUAAAUAUUCUUAAUGCACUUGAUACAAAAUUGUUUAUUCUAUAGUCACUAAGUAAAGACAUGUGUGGAGUCUUGUGUGAUGCUUACCAUUUCCAAGUUUGUGGUGAUGGUGGGCGUGGGUUUGAGGCCUCUUGUUGCUGUAGGUUUUAAGGAAUUUUUUUUUGUAUAAUCCUACCUGACAAUAACAUUUUCUUGAUAUUUUAGGAUUUCAUUGGGAUUAAGUCACUGGUCCCAUGAAUAAGCUAGUCAUGCCCUGUGUGUGUGUGUGUGUGUGUGUGUGUGUGUGUGUGUGUGUGUGUGUGUGUGUGUGUGUGAUACAGCUUAAGUAACAAGGUUUAAUGAGUGAAUCAUGUGUGUGGGAUGAUUCAGAGACACUCAUUCCUCUGCAUACACAAAACAUCAACAUACAGAUGCUUGGCAGAGAAGAGAAUGAAUGAUUACCUUUAGGCUCCUCAUCUCUGAGAACAGUAGUCGUAACUUGUUUCCACGCCACUGUACUGCACAUACUAACUUUUCAACUUGUUUUGCACCACUCAGCUACACACACUAGCACAUUAAAUUACAGUAUCUGUCACUUACUCAUACUAUAUUAUCACUAAUUUUCUUACUAUAUUUUCUUUUUAUCCCUGUAACUUUCAUAAUGUGCUGUUCUAUCACAAUUUCUCUUGCUUUACUAUUUUAUUUUUGUAAUUUUCGCUUUACUAUUUUAUUUUUGUAAUUUUCCAUCAUUGCAGUUCUUAUACUGUAAAUACUGUUUUAUCACUGCUGUUCUCAUUCUUUCAUAGUAUUUUGUUCUCUGUAGUUUCUGAGUUUUCCUCAUUACUGCAGUAUUAUUUUUUUAGAGUUAGCACUAAGCAUUAUAGUAGUGGAUGCUUGUAGUACAGCUGUGGAUCAGUGCAUUCUUUAAUCUUUCACUCUUGUUGAUCACCAGUCUUGCACUGAGAGAAGCACAUGAGUAAUGCUUCCUCAUUUUUAGUUAUUCAGCUUUUUGCACCUCACCUGAAUGUGACAUCACUGGCAUUGCUUUCCCAUGAAAAUGACCACCACUUUCCAUGUAGGGUUUAGGGACGCCAUGUGUAUCCAUGAAAGAUAGCAAUGUAUACUUGUACCACAACAAUUGGUGAGUCUGUAGAGGCACUUUGUGUAUAGGAUUGUUGUUGUGGUCUGUCAGCAUAAUACUAAUUAUGGUGCUGGAGAGUACUGCCCUAUUUUAUUUAUUUUUUAUUUUUUUCUUCCUGUUACCAAACACAGCAAUACCACAGACACUUCUCACUUUUCUCAUUAUUACGGCCCUUCACCCUUUCUGUCCUUCUUGAAGUUGAAUUCUCUGUGGCAUGGUGUUAUUUCAUCAGUAAUAGCAACUUCAGUCACUUGCCAUAGUUAUAUGCACUGGAAUAAUAUUAAUUUUCUAUAAGUUGGAUAUUGAAAAUUUAUAAUCAUAAUAGUGAUAAUGACUGUUGUAGUGGUGGGUACAGCAUUACAUGAUUAAUUGGUUGACCGUAAGGCUUGUGUUGAGUCACACUUGCCUGACUAUUGUUUCCACAUUACUGUACAGCUUGUGGUGAAAUCUGGUCAUUGGCACAGCUUGAACUUGCCUAAAAUACUGCUUGUUGUUGUUAAUCAGUCUUGGUCAAUCUGUUUCUCAGCAGGACUUGAGGUAGUGAUACUCAUCUUAGUCUUUUCUGGCUGUGCUUUAUCAGUUACUGCUAUCUGUGGUUUCCAUUCACUAUCAUGGACAAAAAAGCAGGUUUGGGAUGAUGGCGCGAAGUAUGGUGAUAGUUCACCUAGCCAUCAACCACCAGCCUUUGGUCUAGUAACCUCUGUGUAAGUCUGCCUUGUGUGUUAUCUGUGGUUGUGGUGAAAUAAGAGUACAUGAUUCCGUGAUUUCUUAGGAUACUUCAGUGCUUUGUCACUGUUCAUCCUAGUGAGUAAGGAGACAAUCUUUAUGGUGAUGAUUGACUGCUGCCUUCCUGUUUUAAACAUGAGGACAGUAUCACAGAACUGAUUAAAUGUUUCAGGGAAAUAUUGACAAUAAGUUGAUCUUUCUGUGUACAUAGGAUAAGAUAAUAUAAAUAACUAAAAACUCACAUGAUGGCUUCUUGUGAAACUCCUCUUGCAAAGACAUGAUUAAACACAUGUCAGGAAAUGUGGAGCCAGUUGCACCAGAGUGGCCAAGGUGCCUGAAGGAAGGAGAGAAUGAGGCUUGGGUUAAGAGUCAUGGAGGUUAAAUGCAGCAUGAAUCAAACUGCAGCAUCUUUUAUUUUCCCAGUCAUUAUAGUAAUGCACUGAAAUACAGAUACAAAAGAAUAUCUGUUAACAUUUUUUUAGGAAGGAACACACUACUAACAAGAUUGAAAUCAUGAAUUGAUAGCUAUCUGGAUUUGAAUUCAAAUGGAUAGUAAAUGAUUGCUAAGAAUGUAUUACAUUUCAUGAGCCAUGGGAUUCUUGUAGUGUGUACCAGUGGAACACUAAUUCAGACCUUUGUGAAUCUGUAUGACUCAUAAUUCAGUUCUUAUCUUUUCCUGUAUGUAGUACAAGUGAAAGUUUACACAAAGGUUUCACCUUAUUUAUUUUGUACUAAAUUAUCAUAUUGUGUUUGUUUCAUUGUGAUAUUUUUGUUCUGUAUGUACAAAUGAUGUGUACCAAUCUUGCACACAACUAUAAUAUUUGUUGUGAAUUUUGUGACAGUGUAAGGUGUGAUGGAAUUGCACCAGAUGCUUUGUUUCUCUGCAUACAAAAUGUUUUUGUUUUCAAUGUGAACUUACUACAAACUUUUCCUUUCAUGUGUUGUGAUUAUAUCUGCACCAAUUACUUAUAGCUUAAGUGUGCCCCUGAGAGAGGAAGUAAGGUGUGGAAGGCUGGCUGCACUGCCCUCCACCACAUCAGCAGUACAAAGUGUCUCUAACAUAUCAUGUGCCAUCACUCCAACACACACAGGUGCUGAGCGCAUCACUGUUUGUGGUACAGCUCAUCUUGAAAUUACUCAUCACAUUCAGUAUUACAUAAUAUGUAUACAUGUUAGAGGAGAGUUAUAGUGCAUUGCAACAUAAAACUCGUGUAGCUUCGUGAGUGGACCAGUCUCUAUAUGUUAGAUGCAGGAACAGUCAGCCUUGCAAAACAAUCAGGAGUCAGCAUCAUAAUACAAAGUAGGGUCAUCCAAGGUCUCCAUUUGUGGGUUGAGUUAUUUGCAAGUGUGGUGUUGAGCUGUGAAGGUGCUGGCUAGUUGGCCAAUUGAUGUGUCAUACAUUGGACAUUAUUUACAAGUUUUCUUUUUCAUCAUUUAACACCAACAGGCCACAUAUCAAAUAUCAUUGCCUUAAAAAGUGCAUUUUCUCUGGAAUCACUGUCUUAUUAAUGAUGAUACUGGUAUUAUAUAGAAAAUGUAAUGAUGAAAGAAUAAGAUGUGGACUUGAGUGUCAGAAAGUGUAUUGGUAUCUCCUGACAUAAUGGAGGAAUAAGACCAGUAUUUAAGUGGCUGACCAUAAAAGCCUGUUGUGGGUAUUGUUCUUAGCAGUCACUGUUCAUAACUGUAUCAGCACACACAUGUAGCUUUGGAGAGGCACAGAUCGCUGCAUAGCCACCUUUUCAUAGAUGCUUGCAUAUGUCAUAUAUGAGUUUGGUAUGGACCUCCAUGUUUGUGGUAUUUACCUACAUCAAAAUCUUCAUGUGUGUAGAAAUAGAGCAGUGCAAUCUUCUCUAAAUGAUAAUGUUGAGGAGUAUAGCGGAUUUAACAUUUUCUUCAUGUGUGGAAAGUUUACCAGUUGUAUUGUUUGGCUGUGUGUGUGUGUGUGUGUGUGUGUGUGUGUGUGUGUGUUUUGGCUUCCAUAUUGUGCCUGUAGUCUGCAUUUAAAUCCCUAUUGCUCUUUUGGUACAUUUAAAUGUGAAGAUUUUGAAGGUGUAACAUUUGCACACCCUGCCUCUGUGUGAAGCUGCUGACAGAGUGCAGUCAUUAUGUGUUGGCUUUGCACACACUACUGGAAUUGAUUGCUGGUGGACAGUGGUCAUCAACUCACUCCUCAGGGACACAAAAGAUAGGUCAUAGUCAUCUGUAAGGAAACUGUCACAUUAUGUAUCCAUUUUGUCCUGUGUUGUUGUUUAAAAGUCACUGUAACCUGCAAGGAUGCCAGCCAGUCAAGCCAGUGUAUCUUCAGCAUUCAGGGAUGCCUGCCAUGCCAGUGUAUGAGCAUUUGUGAUGUUCAGGGGCACCAGCCAAGCCAGUCAACAGAUGCAUGAAGUUGUAUUAAGGUCAGGAUGGAUAACAAGUGCCAGUAACUUUAUCCUGUUCUUGUAUAUUAACUCCACCUCCCUACAAAAUGAAAAGACAAAACUGAGAUAUAUAGAACAUUCCCUUACAGUUCACGUUUCCUGUGUGAUGUCGGCUGUAUAGUAUUUCCUACUCAGACAAUCUUUAAAAGUUCCUCGAGAUUCAAGUCUAGAUGCCGCAGUGUCAUUUCCUGUGGCAAGAUUAGCAUUCAGUGCAAGUAAGUAGGUGUGUUGUAGUGAUUGUACAAUUAGUGUUUUAACAUUUCAUGCAUAUAACAUCCAUUGUCUCUAAAUAGCAAAGGAAAGUAUAGAACAUCUAAAACCAGACUAACAAGGAAAAAUCAAGUCUUUGUUUAUAGUAAUUCUUCUUAGGUCUUAGUAUAUUCUUAGUCAGAUUUGCAACACAAGCUCCAGUCAUCCUCGGACAGUGCAGCACUAAUGGACUCGAAGCAUUUGGGCUGUGUGUGUGUGUGUGUGUGUGUGUGUGUGUGUGUGUGUGUGUGUGUGUGUGUGUGUGUGUGUGUGUGUGAAGAGCAAGGGCAAACCUGGAGCACACAGACAGCUAGGUGAAGGAACACAAUAGGGUAUACUGUACCUCCUUAAGUAUGUGAAGUUGGAUUACCUAGUUUUGGCUCUGUAAUGUUGUGAGCACAAAGAAGCUGAUCUGGGAUGAUUAUUUGCAUUACCACUUCUUCCUUUAGAGUAACUUGAAAUGUUAAAUGGCUAUUGGUAUUGUGAUAGGUAACUGUAAGGAUGAAGCAAUGAAACUAGUGAUCUUUUCCUGUUUUUAUUCCAGCAGUUAGUGAAAGUAUGAUAUCUUGUCUUAACUAAUUUUCUCCUUAUAUUGCUAUUACAUAUAUUUCUUGAUUUAUUGCUACAUUUUGCUGUUAUAUGAGUGUUCUUCAGAUAUAAUCUAUUUAGUAUUUUCAUGAGAAUAUCUGCCAAAGUUUCUAUAAAAUCUUAACACAUGUAACCAACAUGCUAACAUUUCAGUGGACAUGUUUUUUAAUGGCCUGUACUGUAGUCACUUUCUAUACCUAUGAAUGUCUUGGAGUUGUCACGUAAUCCAUGUAAUUUUCAUAUGUAGCCUUUUUUUUUUGUGAUGUUUUUGUGUGUAUUUUCUCUCUCUCUCUCUCUCUCUCUCUCUCUCUCUCUCUCUCUCUCUCUCUCUCUCUCUCUCUCUCUCUCUCUCUCUCUCUCUCUCUCUCUCUCUCUCUCUCUCUUUUCUCUCUCUCUCUCUCUUUUCCUUUCCUUUCCUUUGUAAAAUAUUCACUUCUUUUGUAACUAGAAGAUGAGAGGCACUAAGCUAUUUCUCUCUCUCUCUCUCUCUCUGUCCAUGAUUGUGUGAUGGAAGUGUUGUGCAGAGCUUGGUCACCAGUGCUGGCGGUGGGUGGCUGGUGACCCAUGACCUCUGGGGGCUGCUCCGUGUAUAAGUCCUUCCUCAGCAGCUGCGCCAGGAAGGACGGAGGGUGGAAGGCAUGCAUGUGUAAUUACUGCUAUUAAUGACCUUAUGUUCUCCGUAUAAUUUAUGAGUAUGUUAUUGUUACAUUCCCAUUACUUUAUCACAAGUUUUCAUAUUUUGAUGCACUGUAUUUACCUGAUGAUAUUACUGUUUUACAAUAUUUAUCUAGUGUUUACCUGGUGAUAUUAUUUUUUUUUCUGCAUUUAGGAGUAUUCAGUGCUUGCAGUAAUCUAUACUAUGUAUACUGCACCAUUGUGAGCUAUUCUGAUCUUUUCCUGAUGCUACAUUGCAAUGUGGUGCCGUACAUAUUCCAAUAAUUGUGUAUUAAUCCUGUUCAUGUAUUCCUGCAUAUUUUGAGUAUUGCCCAUGAUUUAACAUUGUUUUGGUUGCACCUU